CAGGUGAACCAUGACCACUUUACUCCUCGUGUUUGUGACUCUGCGGGUCAUCGCCGCCACCGUCUCCAUAGAAGUCUCAGACCCUGACAGCUCGCUGAGCGUCAGCAUCCCCGAACCGUCCCCUCUGCGGGUCCUCCUGGGGACCUCCCUCACCAUCCCCUGCUACUUCAUCGACCCCAUGCACCCCGUGACCACCGCCCCCGCCACCGCCCCCCUCACCCCGAGAAUCAAAUGGAGCCGCAUCUCCAAGGAGAAGGAGAUGGUCCUGCUAGUGGCCACGGACGGGCAGGUGCGGGUCAGCAGCGCCUACCAGGACAAGGUCUCGCUGCCCAACUACCCGGCCAUUCCCAGCGACGCCACCUUGGAAAUUCAGAACCUGCGCUCCAACGACUCCGGGAUCUACCGCUGUGAGGUCAUGCAUGGCAUCGAGGACAGCGAGGCCACCGUGGAGGUCGUGGUGAAAGGCAUCGUGUUCCAUUACAGAGCCAUCUCCACGCGCUACACCCUGGACUUCGACAGGGCGCAGCGGGCCUGCCUGCAGAACAGCGCCAUCAUCGCCACGCCCGAGCAGCUGCAGGCCGCCUACGAGGACGGCUUCCACCAGUGCGACGCUGGCUGGCUGGCCGACCAGACUGUCAGGUACCCCAUCCACGUUCCCCGGGAAGGCUGCUACGGGGACAAGGACGAGUUUCCCGGCGUGAGAACCUAUGGCAUCCGCGACACCAACGAGACCUAUGACGUGUACUGCUUCGCGGAGGAGAUGGAGGGCGAGGUCUUCUAUUCGACGUCUCCAGAGAAGUUCACCUUCCAGGAGGCUGCCAACGAGUGCCCAGGUGAAGACUUUAUCGAUAUCCCAGAAAACUUCUUCGGGGUAGGUGGCGAAGAGGACAUCACCGUGCAGACGGUGACCUGGCCCGACGUGGAGCUGCCCUUGCCCCGGAACAUGACGGAGGGCGAAGCCCGGGGCAACGUGAUCCUCACGGUGAAGCCCAUCUUUGGUGGCUCCCCCACGGCCCUGGAGCCCGAGGAACCCCUCACCUUGGCCCCCGACAUAGAGGCCACCGCCUUCCCUGAGGCUGAGAACGGGACUGGAGAGGCCACCAGGCCCUGGGCCUUUCCCGGGGCGUCCACGCCUGGCCUGGGCCCCUUCACCGGCGAGGACCUGGUGGUGCAGGUGACCGCAGCCCCGGGUGAAACCCAGGUCCCCGGGCAGCCACGAUUGCCAGGGGGGGUCGUGUUCCACUACCGCCCCGGCUCUGCCCGCUACUCACUGACCUUCGAGGAGGCGCAGCAGGCCUGCCUGCGCACCGGGGCGGUCAUCGCCUCGCCCGAGCAGCUCCAGGCCGCCUACGAAGCAGGCUACGAGCAGUGUGACGCCGGCUGGCUGCAGGACCAGACCGUGAGAUACCCCAUUGUGAGCCCAAGGACCCCGUGUGUGGGCGACAAGGACAGCAGCCCGGGGGUCCGGACCUACGGUGUGCGCCCACCAUCAGAAACCUAUGAUGUCUACUGCUACGUGGACAAGCUCGAAGGGGAGGUGUUCUUCGUCACCCGCCCGGAGCAGUUCACCUUCCAGGAAGCCCUGGAGUUCUGUGAAUCCCACAACGCUACGCUCGCCUCCACCGGCCAGCUCUACGCCGCCUGGAGCCUCGGCCUGGACAAGUGCUAUGCCGGCUGGCUGGCCGACAGCAGCCUCCGCUACCCCAUCGUCACCCCUCGGCCGGCCUGUGGCGGGGACAAGCCAGGCGUGAGGACCGUCUACCUCUACCCCAACCAGACAGGCCUCCUGGACCCACUGUCCCGGCACCACGCCUUCUGCUUCCGCGGUGUCUCAGCUGCACCCUCUCCCGGAGAAGAUCGGGGUGGCACGCCCACACCCCCCUCAGACGUGGAGGACUGGAUCACCCCCCAAGUGGGACCCGGCGUGGCUGCUGUCCCCUCGGGGGAGGAGACCACUGCAGUCCCAGACUUCACCAUGGAGCCAGAAAACCACACGGAAUGGGAACGGGCCUACACCCCCGCGGGCACCUUGCCGCUGCCAGGGGUCCCUCCUACAUGGCCUCCCACUAGCACAGCCACAGAGGAGAGCACAGAAGGCCCUUCUGCCACAGAAGUGCCCUUGGCCUCGGAGGAGCCAGCCCCCUCAGAAGAGCCAUCCCCCUCGGAGACGCCAGCCCCCUCGGAGAUGCCAGCUCCCUCCCAGGAGCCGCUGUUCACACCUUCACCCCCAGUGCCCAGUGGGACGGAGCUGCCGGGCUCCGGGGAGGCAUCGGGGGCACCGGAAGUCAGUGGUGACUUCUCAGCCAGUGGAGAAGCUUCAGGACACCCGGACGCCAGUGGGCAGCCCUCGGAAGACCUUGACUCCAGUGGUGUCACCUCGGCUGCGGGCUCAGGCCUGCCUGUGGGAAGUGGACUGGCCUCGGGGGAGGAAGAUAGAAUUACGUGGUCCAACACUUCUCACGUUGGGGGGCUGCCUUCUGGGGGUGAGGGUCUAGAAGGCUCUGCCUCCGGAGUAGAGGACCUCGGUGGACUUCCUUCUGGAGCAGAGACUCAUCCAGAAGGUUCUGCCUCUGGAGUAGAGGACCUGGGUGGACUUCCUAGUGGAGGUGAGAGUCAUCUAGAGACGUCUACCUCUGGAGUAGACCUCAGUGGACUUCCUUCUGGAGGUGAGACUCAUCCAGAAGGUUCUACCUCUGGAGUAGACCUCGGUGGACUUCCUUCUGGAGGUGAGAGUCAUCUAGAGACGUCUACCUCUGGAGUAGACCUCAGUGGACUUCCUUCUGGAGGUGAGACUCAUCCAGAAAGUUCUACCUCUGGAGUAGACAUCGGUGGACUUCCUUCUGGAGGUGAGACUCAUCCAGAAGGUUCUGCCUCUGGAAUAGAGGACCUGAGUGGACUUCCUUCUGGAGGAGAGAUUCAUCCAGAAGGUUCUGCCUCCGGAAUAGAGGACCUGGGUGGACUUCCUUCUGGAGGAGAGACUCAUCCAGAAAGUUCUACCUCUGGAGUAGACCUGAGUGGACUUCCUUCUGGAGGAGAGAUUCAUCCAGAAACUUCUGCCUCUGGAGUAGAGGACCUGGGUGGACUUCCUUCUGGAGGAGAGGGUCUUCCAGAAAGUUCUGCCUCCGGAGUAGAGGACCUCGGUGGACUUCCUUCUGGAGGAGAGGGUCUAGAGACCUCUGGUUCUGGACCCGAGGACCUCAGCGGGUUGCCUUCUGGAAAAGAAGACUCGAUUGGGUCAGCUUCUGGAGACUCGGGCCUGGGUGGGGUACCUUCUGGAGCUCUCGGAAGCGGGCAGGCUCCGGAAGCCGGUGGCCUUCCCUCUGGGUUCAGCGGUGAGUAUUCUGGCACGGACCUCGGAAGCGGCCCAUCCUCCGGCGCGCCGGACUUCAGUGGGCUUCCCUCAGGGCUCCCCACGGUCUCCCUGGUGGAUACCACGCUGGUGGAAGUGGUCACAGCCGCCACGGCGAGUGAGCUGGAGGGGCGGGGCACCGUCGGCGUGAGCGGUGCUGGCGAGGUAUCCGGGCUGCCCUUCGGCGAGCCGGAUGUGAGCGGGGGCGCGAGCGGGUUCCCUUCGGGAGCUGAACUCAGCGGCCAGCCAUCUGGAUCCCCCAACAUCAGCGGGGAAACAUCUGGAUUCUUUGGUGUCAGUGGGCAGCCAUCGGGAUUCCCUGACCUCGGCGGGGGGACAUCCGGGCUCUUUGAGCUCAGUGGGCAGCCGUCGGGGUUUCCGGAGGAGACGUCUGGAAUGGCCGAGCUUAGCGGGCAGUCCUCGGGACAGCCAGGUGUCAGCGGAGAAGCUUCUGGAGAUGAUCUUGGCAGCGGCCGCCCGUUUGGCAUGACCGACCCGAGUGGAGAAACGUCUGGGGUCCCUGACCUCAGUGGGCAGCCCUCGGGGUGGCCCGGGUUCAGCGGGGCCCCCUCGGGGAUCCCCGACCUGGUUUCUGGCGCCGCGAGUGGCAGCGGGGACGCUUCCGGCGUUACGUUCGUGGACAGCACCUUUGUGGAGGUGACCCCAACUCCGUUUAGGGAAGAAGAAGAAGGCUUGGGGUCCGUGGAACUCAGCGGCCUCCCUUCUGGGGAGACGGAUCUCUCGGGCACCUCCGGGACGGUGGACGUCAGCGGACAGUCGUCCGGGGCCAUUGCCUCCAGCGGGUUUCCGUCGCAGCCUCCAGAAUUCAGCGGCCUGCCCAGCGGAGACGCCGAGGUCAGUGGGGAGGCCUCCGGCGCCGAGGUGGGGAGCGGCCUGCCCUCCGGAGCCUACGACGGCAGUGGACUUCCACGGGGCUUCCCCACCGUCUCGCUCGUCGACAGGACUUUGGUGGAAUCUGUAACCCAGCCUCCGACAGCCCAAGAAGCAGGAGAGGGGCCUUCGGGCAUUCUGGAACUCAGCGGUGCCCAUUCCGGAGCGCCGGACGUGUCUGGAGACCAUUCUGGACUGUCGGACCUCAGCGGGCUGCAGUCCGGGCUGGGGGAGCCCAGCGGCGAGCCUUCGAGUACCCCGUAUUUCAGCGGGGACUUUUACGGCUCCACGGAUGCCAGUGGGGCGUCUUCUGCAGCCACGGGCACCAGCGGGGAGGCCUCGGGACUGCCUGACGUCACUCUGAUCACUUCUGAGUUCGUGGAGGGUGUCACGGAACCAACUGUUUCCCAGGAACUCGGCCAGAGACCCCCUUUGACACACACCCCCCAGGUUUUUGAGUCCAGCGGAGAAGCCUCUAUAUCGGGGGACCUCAGUGGAGCCACGCCAAGCUUCCCCGGGUCUGGGGUCGAGGCGUCAUCGGUCCCAGAAUCCGGCAGCGAAACGUCUGCCUCUCCUGAGGCUGGGGUGGAGGCGUCUGCUGCUCCUGAGGCCAGCGGGGUGGCCUCGGGGACCCCUGAUCUGGGUGAAACCACCUCCGCCUUCCACGAAGCUGACCUGGAGGGAGCCUCGGGCCUGGGAGUGAGCGGCCGCCCCUCCACCUUCCAGGAAGGGCCCACGGAGGGCUCCACCCCGUCGGGAAUGAGUGGAGAGUCGGCCACCACCUACGGUGUGGCCACGGAGACCUCGGGCUGGCCUUCGGCCACUCCCGGGGCUUCUGGAGAUGGGCCGGAAAUCAGCGGGGACCCAUCUGGUCACGCCUCGGGACUGGGUGUUGUCGUGGGCACCAGCGUCCCAGAGUUUGAAUGGACCCAGCAGCCCCAGCGCCCUGCAGAGGCGAAUCUGGAAAUGGAGUCCUCAAGCCCCGUGCACUCGGGAGAAGAGGCCCAAACGGCCGAAACAGCCGUCUCCCCAACGGACGCUUCUUCCAUCCCAGCUCCGGCAGAAGGGACCGAAGGAUCGGAGGCAACCACUACAGACAUUGAUGAGUGCCUCUCAAGCCCUUGUGUGAAUGGAGCCACCUGCGUGGACGCCAUCGACUCUUUCACAUGCUUAUGCCUUCCCAGCUACCGAGGGGACCUGUGUGAGAUCGACCAGGCGCUGUGCGAGGAGGGCUGGACCAAGUUCCAGGGCCACUGCUACCGCCACUUCCCGGAGCGCGAGAGCUGGGUGGACGCCGAGAGCCGCUGCCGGAAGCACCAGUCCCACCUGAGCAGCAUCCUCACCCCCGAGGAGCAGGAGUUCGUCAACAACAAUGCUCAAAACUAUCAGUGGAUCGGCCUGAACGACAGGAGCAUCGAAGGGGACUUCCGCUGGUCAGAUGGACACUCCCUGCAAUUUGAGAACUGGCGCCCCAACCAGCCCGACAACUUCUUUGCCUCCGGAGAGGACUGUGUGGUGAUGAUCUGGCACGAGAAGGGCGAGUGGAACGACGUGCCCUGCAAUUACCACCUGCCCUUCACGUGUAAGAAGGGCACAGUGGCCUGCGGAGAGCCCCCCGUGGUGGAGCACGCCAGGACGUUCGGCCAGAGGAAGGACCGCUACGAGAUCAACGCGCUGGUGCGGUACCAGUGCGCAGAGGGCUUCGUCCAGCGCCACGUGCCCACCAUCCGGUGCCUGCCCAGCGGGCACUGGGAGGAGCCUCGGAUCUCCUGCACAGACCGUGAGCACCGCCCCUCCCGCCCCUGGCAGGGCAACGCGCUGCAGCCCACCCCCGUGUCCCCCUUCCUGGCCCCCGAGCACCAAGGUGCUGGCCCUCUCCUGGGGACCCCACACCCUCAUGGGCAGCACCAUCUGUGGGCAAGGUCACCUGUCCCUGCCCCCUCUUCUUUCCUCCCCUCCCCUGGUCCCAGGGACAGAGGAGAAAGCAGGCAGCCUGCUCCCCUUUUCAACCCCAGCCAAAGCCCCUUAGCCCAAGUUGGUUCAAGAAAACUCAGAAGGGCCCUAGCUGGCUUGGCUCAGUGGGCUGAGGCGGAGGGAGAGCGGCAGCCACCACGCCCUGGUCCCCGCGUCACUGCCCACUCUGGGCAUCAGAGUCCUCAUGAGCCAUGGACCUCAAAUGUCCCAGAGAAAAGGGGUACGGGGAGCCUUGGGGUGUCCACCUGA